UUUUCCAAAUUUUCAAUUUCCAUUGACACAAGGAGUAGUAAACCAGCUGUGAGAUUACAAAAAUUGCGUCUUUGUCUUCGAUACUAUCAUUAAAUCUUGUGGUUACUAAGAAUCUUUAUUUACAAUCGAUAGAAGAUCAUAAAAAGAUCAACCACCAUGGCUUACGCUUAUCUGUUCAAAUACAUCAUCAUCGGUGACACAGGUGUAGGUAAAUCCUGCCUACUGCUUCAGUUCACAGACAAGAGAUUUCAACCUGUGCAUGACUUGACUAUUGGUGUUGAGUUCGGAGCCCGUAUGAUCACAAUUGACGGUAAACAAAUUAAACUGCAAAUCUGGGAUACAGCAGGACAAGAAGCAUUCAGAUCAAUCACUCGCUCAUACUACAGGGGCGCUGCAGGGGCGUUACUAGUAUAUGAUAUCACACGGCGGGAAACAUUCAACCACUUGACCACAUGGCUAGAAGACGCGCGCCAGCACUCCAACUCCAAUAUGGUCAUCAUGUUGAUUGGUAACAAAAGCGAUUUAGAAUCCCGCCGCGAAGUAAAGAAGGAGGAGGGCGAGGCUUUCGCGCGGGAACACGGGCUAGUGUUCAUGGAGACAUCAGCGAAGACAGCAGCUAAUGUCGAGGAGGCCUUCAUCAACACCGCCAAAGAGAUCUACGAAAAGAUACAGGAGGGUGUCUUCGAUAUUAACAAUGAGGCGAACGGCAUCAAGAUCGGCCCCCAGCACGGAGGCGCGGGCGCGGGGGGAGCGAGUGCGGGCGCGGGGGGCGCGCCGCCCGGCGGCUGCUGUUAGGUGCUGCAGUGCACACGCUGAACACGAUUGACCGACACAGAUGGUAUACAGCUGUGUGCAGAUAACAUCAAUAUAAAACUGCAUGUA